GUAGUUGAUUUAAUAUAACAAUGGGAUGGCAAAGAGAAGGCGUGCAGCAAGAGUCGUUGUAUAUGACUGCAGUAAUAAACAAAGCAACUCUGUUAAAUUGGAGGAACAUCCCGAGAAGUUAAUAAUGCACUUUAUUUGAUUUUCAACGGGCAGAUGCAAUUCUAACACCCAUAUCGAAUUUGCGUUUGUCAGCGAUUUUCAAAUGAAUUGCACCAGCAUCUUCAGCUUUUUCUCCCAUAAGUCUACCUUGCCUGUAGACUUGGCCAUGCCUCUGUACCUGGCAAGUGAUGACUUCAUUUACAAAAGGAGGCCUAAGCCCACUAAGCCCCUGAGGCCUUGCAUUCAAUGCUCUAGUGUGGAAGUGAAGCAUAAAGAGGCCAGCACCAGCACUAAAAGGGAGCGCAGAGCCAAGAAGCAAGUGUCCUUUGCAGACCACAAGGGGAUGGCGCUGACAAUGGUCAAGAUCUUUUCCGAGUUUGAGGACCCCAUUGAAAUCCCGUUCAACAUCCAGGAGUUGAUCGACAAGGUGGUGUACUUGUCAGUGGAGAGGGACAGCCUGGCGCUGGAUUUCGAGCAGCCCUCUGCGGACUACCUGGCCUUCAGGCAGCGGCUGCAGAACGACAAUGUUUCCUUGGAGAACUGCAUGCUGAAAGAGAAAACCCUGAUGGGAACAGUGAAAGUCAAGAAUCUGGCAUUUGAGAAGUCUGUCAAAUUGCGGGUCACCUUCAACACUUGGAAGAGCUUCUUAGACCACCAGUGCCAGUAUGUCAAUGACAUCUACACAGGCUCUGACAGGGACACUUUCUCCUUCAAGCUAGACCUGCCACACAACAUACCACCACAUGAAUGCAUAGAAUUCGCUCUGUGCUACACAACCAAUGGGAAGGAUUACUGGGACAGCAACCAAGGCCAAAAUUACAAGGUGAUUCGAUCUGUACUAAAAACUUCCCAUGGGAAUGGAAUGAACGGUUCUCACGUUCAUGGGUUUUCUGACCUAGGUAUUCAUUUUGACCCAUAUGGCAGCUCUAGAUGCUGGUAUGGUAUUUUUCCCAAAUCGCCUAGCAAUGAAGGCUUUGAAAAAAUAGGGCCUUAUUACUAACUUGUUUUGUUAAGGGAUGUAUCCAUAUUGAAGAGCCUCGUUUCUGUCUUUAUCUGAUAUGUGAAACAUUGAGGGUUAUACACUGUUGGGUAUAAACAGAACUUACCACAAGGAACUUUCCUAGAUGGAAGUGUGUAGUCAGAAAUGUAUUUGGUUAUGGGUCACAUCCACCAAUAAUGUUUAUGCUGUUACUAGUGAUAUUGGGCCUUGACCUCUGUAAAUUGAAGUUUGACGCAACCUUUAUAACAAUUUCAGAUGGGGCCUUUUUGCCAGGCUGGUGGAAAUAUGAACACAGUGCAAUACUGCUAAAUACCAUUGUGGUAGUCUUGGUAACUUGCUUCCUGAAAUCUGUGACGGGAACAUUGAAGCCAACAUUUUGCUUUGUCACAAGAUGGGACACAUUUUGGCAUGCUUACUCAAGAUUAAAAAGUAAGGUUGCCUGUGCCCUUUUGCUGCUAUAAUUGCAGUAAGCAUGCUUGCCAUGUAACCACCAGGAGUGAGGAUUGCACUAUACUGUAAAUGGAAGGCAAAUUCCCUGCUGAGUGCAGUACAUAUUUAGGGCUUCCCACAGACUACUUUUUAGUAGUACAUGGUAUGCAGUGCACAACCAUCACCUAUAACCUCCUGCCAUUGCACACUUGUCUGUCGGGUAAAGAAAUCAAAUUGCGUCUGUUAGGCCAUUGAGUAAGGGGGGGAAAAAGGAGGAGGGAACAUCUGUCCUAAAUGUUAGCAUACCUGCAGCAAGAUUUGUUUUCAAAUAUAGUUUCAUAUACAGGUAGUGCUGCUUAAGAAAAGGGAAAUGGGUCUUUUGGGUACUGAAAAAUCAGCAGGGUUGAGUGGCAGUCAAAGUGUUUGCUGCUUUUUCAUGGGUAUACAAUCCUUUGCUUGUCCAUAACAAUCGAAAUUUAGCUUUGAUAGGAUAUUUAUCAACCCACCAAUUCCGCCUUUAAUAGCCCUCACUAGUAGGUGCUACUGAAUGGGACCAAGCAACUAAGCUUUAGCUCUGAAGUGUGUGUGAGAUAUAGAUCUCCCACACAUAGAUGCACACACACACACACACACACACUUCACAGCUAAAGCUUAAUUGCUUGGGCUCUGUAUUGUCAGUGAUCAAAUAUUUACCUUCUGGUUCAGAGGAACCACAAGGCCUUGUACUGGGUUUAGUGGAAGUGUUUUAAAUUUGCAUUAUUUCCGGAGGCUUGUGGCACGUAUUUAUUCUUUGCCAUCAGAUCAAUGUGUGUGGUGUGUUUUUUUUUUUUGGUGUUGUCUGUAUUGAGGUAUAAGUUUAAAUCAGGAAGUGCUUCAUGAGUGUUUGUGUAGCACCUAUAUUCCACUCUAUGCAUUGUGGUCAGAAUCCAUAUAUGUAUAUAGAAGAAAUAUGACCUUGCAGUAGCAAGUUAUUUCUGGCCAUACAAAGGGAAUUUGUAGCCUAAUCUUUUUCUAGACUGUGUGCCUAAAAAAGCAGAAAUCUGUAUGUAUUGUACUAUGGGCCCCCAUUCCUUAAGUGCUGAAUGUGAAAAGGAUUGUUUUCAAGUUUUAUUAUAAUCUUUGAGGGCAAGUGAAUAUUUUCAAGAAAAAUUGGAGAUCCCAUUUUAUAACAAACAUGGCUACUUAAAAAGAAAACAAAAUACCAAAAACACAAGUUUUAAAUUUGAUCUCUAACCCUAAAAGAGGUUAGCAGUAUUGGGUUAUGUAAUUGCCUUUUUAGGGGCUAUAACUGUUCAUUUGACAGUUGUCAAUGUGAGGUGCUGCUUUUGGUUUUAAAUGAUUAGUAAUUGUCAAGAAUGAUCACAAGGGAUUCAAGAUAAAUGACUAGAUUUUUUUUUUUUAAUUUUUUUUUUUUUUUUUUUUUUUUUACAUUUUGAAUAUCUCUUGCACUUUAAAGUAGAUUACACUGUUCACUAAAGGGCUUGAAAGGUGACUUUCUUUGGUGUUCUUCUACCACACAUUUAUUGCAAAAAGUUUUUUAAAACCUGGUUUUAGCUAUUUUUACACUGCAGGUGGAGGCACACCUGAAUAUACAAUCAAAUUCACCAAAUUGUUCAUCAUAAUGGAAAGAAAAUAAUGUUUUGGAUUGUAAAAAGGUAAAUCUGAUCAAUUUUUGCCAAUGUGUGUAAAAAGAAGUUUGUACUUUUGUUUUUUAGUCUUUCUUUGAAAGUGACUUGUCCGUAAACUAUGUUCAGCAUGAUGUGUUGUGUCUGCAAAGUACAAAAUAAUGUACCUUUUUUGAGAGAGAA